GGAUUGCACAAAAGGCUUUAUUAUAGUUCAGAGUGAAAACCUCAACAAAUAGGGGCUGUAACAUGAAGCAAAGGCUGACUUGGAGGACUGGCAGAAGUUGUAAUUUUGCAUAGUUUUACAUUUGCAUACUUUAAAAGCCAUUAAUUAUAUAAAUAGUUGAAAUAUCCCACAGUUAUUGUUUUAGGUUAGUUAUUUUUGUUAAGCUGGAAAAAGAAGGGGGAAUAAGAGAAUCUACACAUUUGGAUAGUGACUGAACUCCAGAAAAUUGCUAGAUAUUUAUUCAAAGGAUAUUGUGAAGCAGAAAAGCUAAAACAAACAAACAAAUGUAAGAAACAUAAAAGGAUAAACAUACAUUUUAUUAUACCAAAAGAAAUUUCAAGUUAAAAAACAAACAGAAAAACGGUCCGUCUUCAUGCAGGUCUGCUGUUGGAGAAAAUGUAAAUCUUUUACAGGUCACCUGCUCGAGCUGGCAGAUGUCACGUAGAGCUCAUGAACCUGAGCUGUGUGCAUUCAUGGGUCAGUCACAAGGUUGGAAACAAAGGUCACAAACUGUUCACUCUGCCUGUCACAAAUAUUCAAGAUGCUGAAAACACCAGACGUCCUUCUGCUCUUCUGUCUUGUUGGGGCAGCUGAGGCCCUGUACAAACAGUGGGUUCCUGAUACCAACUAUGAGAAUAAAACCAACUGGGACAAAGGAGCUGUUCCGUGCGGCAGUGACAGAGUUCAGUUUCCAGCUCAAAGAAAAGUGUCUGUGUUUGUGGAGACCACACAUGGUGUGCGGGAGAUGAGGCUGCCAGUUGACGGAGAGUUCAUCCUCAAUUCAAGAGCUGGAUUUUAUGUUGUCAGCGGACAAGAUCCAAGCUGUGGAACAGGAGUCACGGCUCAGUUCAAAGAUCCAACAUCUCUUCAGUGGUUUGAUCCAGCCCUGUGGCAGGCAGCGGCAACUCUGAAUGACCUGCAGAAUGGAAACUUCCUAUUCUCGGUCCAUGAGGAGAGUGUCCCUUGCCAAUAUGACGAUGUUGUUUUUAAAGCCCUCUCAUCCUUCAGCGUGGACACCAGCUCCAGUCAGUCGAGCAUCCCUGUCAAAUCUGUGUCUGUGCUGGGGAAGAUGUUUGACAGCAAAUCUGAGUUCUCCCAGUAUCUCAGCUCACGCUCGGGCCAGCUGCAGUUCCACGGAUCGUCUGCUGUCACUGUCGAAAAUCAAGGCUGUGGGGAUCCUUCUGGCUGUGAGUGUGGGAACUCUGAGAACAAUCAGCGGAUCUGUAGCACAGUAACAUGUGAAUCCGUGAGCUGCAAGAAGCCUCUCCUCCCUGCAGGACAUUGCUGUAAGGUGUGUGGUGCCAUCAUGACCAUCAAAUAUGCCACAGGUUUCAACCUGCAGACUUACAGAGAACGAAUCCGUCACCUCUUUCUUACCCUGCCACAAUACAAAUCCAUCCAGCUGGGCAUGUCUAAAGUGUUAAAGUCACAAUGGUUGAUGGAGAUCAUCCCUUUUGGUACAACAUCUGAAAUCCAGGUAGUUAUUCUGGAUCAAGAGAAGGGAACUCAGGCAGAGGCUCUGGCCUCGGACAUAUUAAAAGAUGUUCGUUCUCAUGGCACUACCAUUGGAAUUGUGGAGGCUGAAUUUCAAGCCUCCUCUGGGAGCAGCAGCAAUCAGUCUGGGAUCAAUGUAGGGACAGUGGUUGGAGCUCUGUUUGGAGUUUUAAUUAUUAUUACAGUCAUUGUUGUCAUGGUUGUCCUUAUUCGCAAGGGGAUUGUACAAAUGCCAAAGCUACAUUUAAUGCCAUCAAUGAGCACCACAAAGAAAAACAAUGAUUUUGACCUUGGUGGGCCUCUUGACCAUGGUUUUGAUAAUCCCAUUUUUGACAAGCCCCAUAUGCUGCCUGAUAUUCCUGGUCUACAUGAGAAUGGAACUGAUAAUUCAGUCUACAUCACUAAGACAGGUGUGCACUUUGUAAAUCCAGUUUAUGAUGACAAAGAAACUGAUUUUAAUGCCUGAAGUAUUUUUGCAUUAACAUGAUGAUCUUUCAGCACAUGUAUCAUAUAUAUAAUAGAACUUUACAACAAGCAAACAAUGCAAAAAGCUUAUGAAUUGCUGACAGACACCAAAGCUUUUGAUGACCAAAUAAACGUGUAAGACAAAUAAAAGAAUUAUUGGCACUCAACUGUGUACUUUUGCCCUCAUUUUUAUCACAUUAAAGUAGUAAAGCUGCAACACAGCUGCAGUAAAUUUCUAACACGCCUUCUGCUGCACAGGUUUCCUACUUUCAUGCUGCACAGUUACCACUAGAUGGUAGUAAAUUUAACCUUCUGUGACAUGCAUGGGAACAGUUCUCCUCAUGUACAAUAUCUUUAUGUACCUUGUCAGGCAACAUCAAUAAACAUUUAAAAUGUACUUUUUUUUUUCUUUAACAGGCUGGAAUUAAAGGCUGCUGGUAAUUUGUUAGCAAAGCCAU